UAGACACAGGUCCCUGAAGGCGCACCGCUGCAAAGCAGACAAAAAGAAAUUGAGGCGCUCAGAGUGUCGGCUGGAGGCAAGUUUGGUUGACUUUCUGUGCGUGGUCUUCAGAAUCAGCCGCUCCAGGAAGAGAGAUGUCGAAGCCGCCACCCAAACCAGUCAAACCAGGGCAAGUUAAAGUGUUCAGAGCUCUUUAUACGUUUGAACCCAGAACUCCAGAUGAAUUGUACUUUGAAGAAGGUGAUAUUAUCUACAUUACUGACAUGAGUGAUACCAAUUGGUGGAAAGGUACCUCCAAAGGCAGGACUGGGCUGAUCCCAAGCAACUAUGUGGCAGAGCAGGCAGAAUCCAUUGACAACCCAUUGCAUGAAGCUGCAAAAAGAGGCAACUUGAGCUGGUUGAGAGAGUGUUUGGACAACCGAGUGGGUGUUAACGGUUUGGACAAAGCUGGAAGCACUGCCCUCUACUGGGCUUGUCACGGGGGUCACAAAGAUACAGUGGAAAUGCUGUUUACUCAACCAAACAUUGAACUGAACCAACAGAACAAGCUGGGAGACACAGCUUUGCAUGCCGCUGCCUGGAAGGGUUAUGCAGAUAUUGUACAGUUGCUUCUGGCGAAAGGUGCUAGAACAGACUUAAGAAACAAUGAGAAGAAGCUGGCCCUGGACAUGGCUACUAAUGCUGCCUGUGCAUCUCUCCUGAAAAAGAAACAGGGAACAGAUGCAGUCCGAUCAUUAAGCAAUGCCGAGGACUAUCUUGAUGAUGAAGACUCAGAUUAAUUCCCUUCCAGAGCUUUGAGAUCUAAAACUGUUGCUUUUGCCAUUUCAAAACCUUGUCUUUGUCAGAAGAGUGUUGGUAACUGUAAAAAAAAAAAAAAGAAAAGUCUAUAUGAACGUGGCAGUAUUGCACUGUGUUUGAGUAAAACUUGUAAGUGACUAGGUCUCACCUUCAGUUUGCCAAUAAGUGACUGGAUAUUUUGCUGUAUAAAGUACAUAUUUGCU